AUGGCUUCCCCCGCAAUCCCAUCUACAGAUCCAGCUCCGACAAGCUCGACAUCAGAUUCUAUCGAUAUAUAUCAGACUCUAUCCUCUUACUCUUUCACUGAGGAUCCGGAGUUCAAGCUCGGUCUAGCGGUUAUCCUUGGCCAGCCAGGAACUCCAGCGACAGAUGAACAGAUCAAUAGAACAGGCGACCUUAUUAUAAAAGCGAAAUGUUUCUAUUUCUCAAAGAAAUUUGCAAUUCAACCUCCAAUUAACCAUAUCUCAUAUAAGCAUUGGCUUGAGCAGCAAUCAGAAAAUAAAAAUAUACUCAUACCUUCAACGUCGAAUAAUAAUAAUGAUAAUGAGGCCGCACAGUUGGAAACAGCAGCUAUAGCCGCAGUGCUAGAGGAGGGCAAGACAGAAGAAGAACAGCCUGUGUAUCCAUCGUCGUUUGCACGAAUUGUGGAGCUUAUCACCACAGGCCAGCCGAUACCGGGAAUUCAACAGAUACCUGAUACUGUGCUAACGGGCCAAGAGACAGCUAGUACAGCCCAACGGAGACGGAAGCCAUGGGAAAGGGACGAAGGAGAACAAAAGGAAGAACUUGAACAAAAAGAGGAUAAAAGGAAGAAAAGUGAGAACGAAAAUGAUGAGAAGUAG